AUGUCGGAUACAGAGAGCACGCCUUUACUGCAGAAUGAUUCAAAACCAUCCAGGACGAGAGCCGUGUUCUCCUCAGCCAACAUAUACCGUAAUAUUCUGUAUGUUUUCCGUCUGAUGGAAUGUGAAGAAUUCUACGGACACCACGACACUGGCGAUUUGCUAGGCGACCGUUGCAGUCGCAGCGAGAUCGACGCAGGUACCGCGACGCAAGUCUCUAUUCUUGGCCUUUCGACGAUGUUCUGCAGUGUGUUCAACCUUUUCUACGCUGGUUGGCAGAUGAUGAACUGGGAGCCAAAAGUUGCACUCGUCCUGCAGACUGCGUUUCCUGCUUUGCGGGUUGGAAUUCAGGUCGUCGGAGUCUCAGUCGGCACCAGGAAUGGAAUUAUCAUCGUUCAGUGUAGUCAACUGAUUAGCCUUAUUGGGGGAAUGUCCGGAUAUCUGCUCGUACUCGACACAAUCACAGGCGAGAUUGCUCCUCCCACUAGACGGACCGCUAUGUUCGGCAUGCUCCAGGGCAGCGUCAUGUUGGGAACAUCGAUCGGAUAUCUCCUUGGAGAUGUUGUUGGCGACAGCUGGGGUAUUAUACGACCCUUUGAAAUUGCAACCAUCUUAUUCGCAUCGUCAAGCUUGUACUCGGCCAUGUUUAUCCCAUACAUCGACCGCAGAACACCUGGUAUUGCUGGUGGCGCAUCUACCAAGCGACAAGGGUGGAGCAGAUGGCUUGGAGUUUUGAGAGUUCUUGCCCCAAAAAGAUUUCGACUGAAGGAUGGAAGAUCUAUCAAACACCAUGGUAUCGCAUUUCUGGCUUUGGGCGUCUUCCUGGGUGUCUUGGCAACUGGCUAUGCGCCGAUUCUCAUCCAGCUCUACUCCACCGCGGCUUUCAACUUCUUGCCCACGGAAAACAGCUAUCUGAUGGCGUCCAACUCGCUCAUACGCGGUGUUUUUCUUAUUCUCAUAUUUCCUAGAAUCAUCGAUUCCAGGCGAAAGUGGUACACCGAGCGGUUCGAAAAGGAACUCCCGAGUGAAGUCUUCAGAGCUCAAGUCCUAGCGGAAACAGAAGCAAGUGUCACGGCGGACAUGCACCCCAAACCAAAUAACUUGAGUGAAGCAACUGUCUUCCAAAGCGUUCCUGGUCAUGAGUUUGACAUUUCUUUCUUGCGAUGGAGCUUAGUAGCGGAUGGGCUGCUCACAGCCUCAACCGCAUUCGCAACCAAAGGAUGGCACAUCUACUUUUCCGGUGUAUUAUUCCCUCUAGCGUCUGGAUUCGCGCCAGCCAGUAAAGGCGUCAUCACGGAGAUGUGUGCACCGUCAGAACGGGCGGACGCACUGCAAGCUAUGACCCUCGUCGAAAACAUCGCCAUGCUAUCAACUCUGGGCUUAUUUGGGUUCAUCUUCUCAAGCUUUGCUGGAAUUGAGAAGUCAUAUUUAACGUUCUUUUGUAACGCGGGCGUUGCAAUGGCAGCGGUGGCUGUUUUGCUGUUGUCUAGUUUCCCUCCUCCGAAUAACUUCGAGGGCACGUCUUCUUUGUGGUCAUUCUUUACCUCCGUGCAACAAGUUUUCGCUGGUGAUGUAGACGAAGAAAGUGAGAACGGAGAUGCUGACUGUCGAGACAUUAGUCUGCACCAGAUCUCCGACUUAAGCUUCGGAACCGACUGGAGGACUUCAGUCAAUGCAGCUCUCCCGCCCCAGGAGGUUGUAAACUAUUUGACUACAUCGUUUUUCGAGCACGGCCAGGCCAAUUAUUUCUGUGUUCAUCCGGAGAUAUUCUCUCGCAAACUCACGGCCUUUUAUGACGGAACGCACGAGUUUGAAGCAAGAGACUCUCGGAACUCCCGGCGAUCGAUUGAACUCAUUUCCAUCUUCUUCAUGGUCCUCGCCAUCGGCAGUCAGUUUGCGGACACUGGCAUCGCCCCGACUUCGGAGAUGUCUAUUGAAUCAAAUCGACUCCUAGUAGAAGAGGGAAUCCAUUGUCUGAAGGAUAUUUCCCGCAUCAAAGUUCCCGUCCCAGCUCCAAAUCUAGGCUGGCGCUUCUACGAGGUUUCACGCAAGCUCCUUCCAGAUAUCAUCUGCUCAUCAUCCAUGCUUUGA